AUGGAUCCGACUGGUAUUGUGCACCGAUAUGUUUACACAAAGGAACAACUCAUUGAGAUUCGGAAUGCAUUUAUUUCUAGCGGUGGACCUAGUCGGUAUCCAAUUUCGAAGUCUGUUAUAUUCCUGAAUCCUGAUAAAAGGGCACUCCUGCGCAAGAGUAAGCCGUUAGUGGACACCUCUGUAUUGCAAAACAAGCCAUUGAAGAAUACCGACUCGUUUUAUUCUGGAGGCGUGGAAGUUGUGUCGUGCCAUGGUAAUGAUACGACGCAGCAUUCCGCUGGGUGGAGAAGGACCCGCCGCUCCUCCGGCAGUGUGCCGCAGUCACCCCUAGAUGCUGCCUCCUCUCAGCGCCAUAAUUCGGGUAGUUCAGGUGGAGAGGAGGGCUGUGGCGGCGGCAACGGCAACGGAACUGUUCGCCACGAGUUUGACUGGGCCCUCGGUUGCGGCAAGUGGCGCCAUCGCUCAACCAGCGGUUCCGAGCGUGGAGCCCAUAAGGCUACUUUCUACGCCAGUGGUGGACGUGGUCGAGGUCGAGGCGGGAAUGGCGGUGGUGGUAGCGGUGGUGGUAGUGGUAGCGAAGGAACUGAUUUUCACCGCGAACAAGGUGGUGGGGUGUUCACGGGUCCUCCGGGACCUCGCGGACGCGGUUUUAUGCGUCGGCCAUUUCAGCACGGCAUCCAGUCUACCCGCGGCGGUAGGGGUGGUGGUGGCGGCUUCAAGCCUUCGGUGCCCUUCAGUAACCUUGGGUCGGACCACGGGCCAACGGAGGAAGACUUUGAACCCCACGAUGAACAUUAUAAGCAUCAGCAACCUCAGCAACAACAUCCUUCACACCAUUACACGCCACACCCUUUCCACAAAGAUGUCGGAUUGGACGACGUGUCUCAGGGUGGCGAAAGACGAUGUAAUCAUCAAACUGCUUCUAUCAUCUCUGCUACGGCUGCCGCUCAACCAUCCCUGCUAUUAUCGUUAAAACCUAAGGUGCAUGUACGUCUCCUCAUUGUUUUCUGA